CGCCAAUUGUUGUCUUCUGCGGACAAACUCAGACUGGCAACUGGGAGUUGUUCGGCUGAACUGCAAGCAGUGUAGUUUAAACGUUUGCCAACCCGUCGCUAAUAACGUUUUCGAUGUGAUUUUGUGCGGACAUGGUUUUAGCGUUGUUUCCUUUUUCAUAACUUUUUGUCUGACCAAAAACAUCUUGUGCGGCGGAAGAAAGCAUAAAACAGCUGAGUUAGCGCAUGUUUCACACACCGUAAUUUACCUUUAACGGUGGCAUUGUGUACGACCCUUCGUACCUUUGUUUUCGUUGCCAUGCUCAGCUUCUUGUUUGUUUUUUACGGCUUACUACUUUUAAAACUCCUGGCGUAUUGCCCCAAGAGGACUAUCCUCUCCCAUCCCCCUUACCCCCUCUGUCAGAGCAUGGCUCAGGAGACCAAUCAGACGCAAGUGCCAAUGCUUUGCACUAUGGGAUGCGGUUUCUAUGGUAACCCCCGCACCAACGGCAUGUGCUCGGUCUGCUACAAGGAACACCUGCAGAGACAACAGGGAGGGGGGCGAUCCAGCCCCCCUGGAGAGAAAGCUGCUACUUCACCAGUGGGAUCACCAGGAUCAGUCGGUGCAACUGUGGAGAGCACAACCUCAGAGCCCAGUACAGAGGUGGCAGGAACCCCACCUGAGGAACAAACAACCAGUCCCAGCGCCACCAGCCCAGUAACUCAACAGAUGACAGCUAUGAGCAUCUCCCAGGAUUCGGGAGCUGUAGAUUCUGAUCGAGCAGAGGCUGAGGAGGGUGAAGACGAGGGUACUUCAAACAGCUCAGAGCCAGUGGGAGAAGCUGCACAGCCUUCAUCUGAUGGUGACCAGACUCCUGAUAAAAACAAGAAAAAGAAUCGCUGCUUUUCUUGCCGGAAGAAAGUAGGACUUACUGGUUUUGACUGUCGCUGUGGCAACCUGUUCUGCGCCGUUCAUCGUUACUCUGACAAACACGACUGUCCCUAUGAUUACCGGAGUGCAGCCGCUGCCCAGUUACGCAAGGAGAACCCCAUCGUGGUGGCUGAGAAAAUUCAGAAGUUAUGAGGACUGAGUGCAAAAAAAAAAAAAGUCUCUGACUUUGUGAAUUUGAACAAUGGCGACUUGGAUGAAAACACCUGAUAUCAUGGCUUCAUUUGUUCAUGGUAGUGUAAAAGCGGGCGGGGUGGGGGUGGUGCGGUCGCAGCCACAGUCCAGACACUUCCCUUACUAGCAUCUCCCUCUCUCUCCACUAGUGACUGCAGCUGAAUUUGAGUGUUUCUUUAUGUGUGAGUGAGUGUUUGUAUGAAAGUGUGUGUGUGCGCACAUUUGCUUGAGAGCUGGGGAGAGAGCCAUGAGGGCUUGGUGGACAUUUGCCGUGGGAAGGGCAGGCAUUUGAUUCCCUUUUUGUUUCUCAACUUAGGGGGAUUGUGUGAGUUUAUACAAUCCCUGUAGGUAGUUGAAAUUAAAGGGGAUAAGCUGUUAAGGAAUGUGUCAAUAGGGAUAAUGACAGAAACAUUUAGGGGGUCUAGUGAGUUUUUAAAAAAAAAAAAAAAAAAAAAAAAACACAAAAUGAACUGGGUGACUCAUGUAUCAGAGAGACCUUUAAAGGGCUUUGGAAUAUAGUAUUUUAUCCCAGACUCAAAAAUGAUGUCAACUACUUGUCAAAUUGGCAACUCCUUUACUCUGUGGGUCACCACAUGUAGUACUCCAAAGUCUCAGAAUUUUCCAGAUAUGUCUCUCUUUGAUAUAUAGACUUGUAUGGAUACUGGGUGCAUGAACAGUUAUUGGAAGGGGAAAGCAGGGGAGGGACAGGGUAGGGAAACCAAGAACCUUGACUUAACUGUGUGAUUGAAUUCUUUUUUUUUUUUUCUUUCUUUCUGUUUUAAUGAGCGUAUGACAUCAGAAGAUCUAUAUUAAUAUAUUGUAGUUAGCUUGAAUUGUGUGAUUGCAUUCUAUUUAUUUUUUAUCGUUUGGUUGGUCUGUGCUGGAGGAUUGGCAGCAUGUGUCCGCAAAUCUUUAAUGAUUUGCUCUUAACCUUUUCAAUUAUAUUUAAGUAAUUCCAUCCUGAUUAUGUAACCAUUGAAGAAAAAAAAAAAGUACACACAAGCUCUGACAUGAUGGAAUAGAGUCCAGUUAAGCCGUUAUGAGUGAGAUUGUGCAGUAAAAUGUCAAUUAUUUUGGCUUUUAAUACGAAGCACAACAAAGUGUGUCAACUGCAGAGCACAAACUUAGGUGCCACACCUACUCAGUUUUGUUCAGCAUUCAGGUCACUUGCAGUUAAUAUUUGAGCUGUGUUGCAGCCUUGCUGAUGAACUUGCCUUGUUCAGUUGCUAAGAUGUUCUUAUUUGGUAAGGCAGUGUGCUCUCCUUGAAUGACCUUUUAUGUUCUGUGGAGUCAGUAUGAAGCUCCAUGUUUCUCUAACCACCAGCAGACCACUGACACAUGCUGAAUGAAAACUGACCCGGGUCGCAGUUACUCUGUAGAUAACGACAUACGUUCUGCUCAGCAUUGCAACGCCGCAGAGUUGCGUGCUGCGCUUUUACAGCGUGCUCAAAUUCAGAUAAGUCCUUAAAGUGAAGACUGCUUCUAGCUAGCUUGUUCUAGGAAGAUCAGUCCCAGAUGCAUGUGUGCCAUCAAACAUGAGUUACUGUUUUGUGGCUGCACAGUUUGAAAUGAAGCUGGAAUGUUUUUCAAAAGCCUCACAGCAGUAGCACAAUGCAUGGCUGGAACCUUAUGGUUCACGUUAACAGGACUCUAGCAUUUUGUUUUGUCUUUUUUUCAAAUGUAAAUACCAUACGGCUCCUAUUCAUAUAGUAUAAUCUUAAUGUAGAUUUUUGCCAGGUAAUAAAGGUGGGGAAUUAAGGUGAAAAAUAGUACUAUGUGUAUUAAAGUGCUUUUCAUAAUUAUCCCAAAAAAAUGUGCUACAAUUAGCACUGAUAUUUUCCCCAUGUUGUUUCCUCAUUUAUUUACAAGUUUUUACAUUUAAUGUUAAAAUUGUUUUCAAUAACCACUAGUAUCCCCUACAGGUCACGUGGUUUCUAUUUUACAAUAUUAGUCACAUUCUUAACCAGCCCCCCCCCUCCCCAAGCUAUAUUAACAGUGCUGAAUAACAGAGUAUUUCAGUCAGUGCUUUUAUCCUGUUACUGAUUCGUAGCAAUAGCGGUAUUAUGAAAGUUUAAAGGGCCCCUCGUGAGAAAUAGAGGGCCAACUGAGGUUUCAUCUUUUCAUUAUUAAAAGCUUUCCCUGUAAAUGUUGCUUGAUGUGGUUCAUUAUCUAUUAAUGAAAGAGCUGUAGAAAAGUUGCAAGGAAUUUGCGAGGUAUGCAUUUUCAAAAUAAGCCACUGCAAAUCGUGUGGGAUCGGAAUGACACUUUUCCUUGUGUCUGCUUCGUGUUGGGCCUUGAUGAGUUUAGUUCUGGCUCUUCUGAUUGGAAAAUUAGCCUUUAUGGCAUUUUUGUUGGCAUUUAGAAUGGAUAAGCUGAUCCUAUAGUGACUGAUUUAACCUCUUCCUCCAUCACACCUAUAGUGGAAAUUUUAAAUUGAGAAUUUGUUCAUCUUGAGUGGUAACAAGGAGAAUAAUAUUCAGGGGGACAUGUGGCUGGUGCUGCUCUGUAGUUUGGUGUAUGUUAUAUACACAGAAUUCUCAGAUUUGCUGGGUCAAUGACUACAAAAUAUUGUUGCGCGCAACAAGCUCAAUGUUCCUUUACCAAUUAAUUGUCUUUUCAUAGAAGUGUUUUACUUAUGAUGAUUGUUCAGCUAUGUAAAUCAUGGGGUUUACAUGGUUUACACUCACUUUCUAUUGACUGCUCAUAUCAAUGCUCCAAACAUUUGAACAUGUUUUUUCUUAAUAAAUGUGAGCAGUUUGAAUGUAAACCACCAUAAGUCACACAAUAAGUUGUAAUGUCGUCAUCAAACUACCAGGCCCUGAUAAUGACUGUCCUUAGGCCGGGGAUGGAGGCCUGGUUGUCUUGUAUGUGAUUUGGGACAUCUGACAUCAUUAAAAUCUUUUGACUGUUUGACUUGCCACCAGCAAUUAGGGCUACCAUACCUGAAUAAUCUAGAUGCUAUCAUUACAUAUACUUUUUUUUUCUCUCUUUUUGUUGCAUUGAUCUUUUUUUUUUUUUAAUGUUUUUAAGCACCUGUCAUAAUCAGUGACUUCUUCAUGCAAGGGUUUUGAUUGAGAAUAAUAAACCUGUGAGUUAUGAUGAAUUUGGAAAUUCAGCUUCACUGCAGAAGUAAAGACAGAUGAAGAUGACUUUAUUCAUUCUGUCUUUCAAGUUGAGCUUUAGGGACAUCAGAUGAAACCUACAAUGUUCAAAGAGGUGUAGUUCCUGUCCCUUGGCACUCCAGUCCCCCAGAAACACCACCAGAUAUCUUUUUAUUUUAUUUUAUUAUUUUUCUUUUAAGAGUUAGGAUUGUAUGAUGUGUAAGAGUAAGUAUAAACAAUAAAAUCACAAAGUUUAUUUUAA